UGCAGCCCUCUCUCUCUCUCCGCCUCUGUAAAAUCUAAAAGAGAAGAAAGCUUCUCAAAAACCCUAGUUGCUUCUUUACUAUUGGUGAUUCCACCCAUCCCCUAACUAGGAACUGUAACAGCAGAACAACAAAAACUGCCAUAUCCUUGGCCGCAGUCGAAUCGAGAGGGGGUACAAGUACGCCAGUGCUUUUCUUUGGCUAUCCUCGCUAUCGAGCUAGACUGAUUGACACUGCUUUACUCCCCGGUCUUUCUUUCUCUCCGAAGGCUUCAACGAGAAAAGAGGGGUUAAUCUUGGCCCGGAGAAAGUCAGGCUAGCAACGCCCAAAUAAGAUGCCCUCUCUCUCCCCGUCUCUGUAACCCAGCCGUAGUGGUAUCCCCACUUCUCAAGUUCAGAUUUCUACUAUUCUUCUAACUCUCAACUUAUUUCCUUCAUGGCCUCCCUUCAGUAUGGGUGAAAUCCAGUAUAGAGUCAACAAGUGUUUGACACAGUAAUACCAAGCUUGAGAUCCAGAUCAAAUUGGACAAAGAAAAGAAAAUUAUUAGGCUGGCCGUGAUAGAGGGAUAGGUAUGACGAAAGAGGAUUUGAUUAAGAACUUGGGAACCAUAGCCAAAUCUGGAACAUCAGCUUUUGUGGAGAAAAUGCAAACAAGUGGAGACCUUAAUCUCAUUGGUCAGUUUGGUGUUGGGUUCUACUCAGCAUAUCUUAUUGCUGACUAUGUUAAAGUUGUUAACAAACAUAAUGAUGAAAAACAGUAUGUAUGGGAAUCAAAGGCUGGUGGAGCAUUUGCUAUUUCUGAGGAUGUUUGGAAUAAGCCACUUGGUCGUGGAACUGAAAUCAGAUUGCAUCUUAGAGAAGAAGCCGGGGAGUACUUGGAGGAGAUCAAAUUAAAGUUACUUGCUAGGAUUUUGUACCAUGGACAAUGAGGUGGUUUUUUGGCAAGUGCAGACUGAAACUCAAGUGCUAGAAGGUUUAUAAAUUUGCUAAAUAGAAGUGCUAGGAAAUUGAUGAUAUUCUUGACAAAUGGAUUUAGUUCCUGUUUUGGAACAUUGAUGAAUGGUGAAUUGUUUUGGAACAUUAGUAAAUGAUGAAUUUUUUAAUUGUAGAA